AUGAGAGCGCACGAGAGGUGGUGCCCGCGGCGAGCAGGGGGCGGUGCGCCCGCUAAAAGGCGGCCCCGGGGGAGCCGCGGGCGGGGGGCGAUGGGGGGAAAGAAGAUGGCGGCGGCAGCCGAGGCCACGAACUGCAUCAUGGAGAGUUUUGUGGCCACCUUGGCUAAUGGGAUGAGCCUCCAGCCUCCACUUGAAGAAGUAAAUAUCCUUUUGUGGUGUUCCCCAGCCAGGAGCAGAGCCCCUGCCGAGGACAGGUCCAAGGACUUUCUUUACCCAGCCCAUUUCCCAGGACAAGGUGGUUGGGAUGUGGCCCGCACCGCAUCCUCGUUGUUUGCCCAAGGCUGGGGGGUUUUAAAUUUGGUUCAAAUGGGGGGGGGAGGGGAGGAGGCCGCUGACCCUUCCUUCCUCCAGAUCGAGUGCUCCAGCAUCUCUGACUAUGCCGUCAAGAUCGUCAAGGCCAACAAGCUCGACCAUGUGGUGACCAUCAUCAAAGGGAAGGUGGAGGAGGUGGAGCUGCCUGUGGACAAGGUGGACGUGAUCAUCAGCGAGUGGAUGGGCUAUUGUCUCUUCUACGAAUCCAUGCUCAACACCGUCCUCCACGCCCGGGACAAGUGGCUGGCCCCUGAUGGACUCAUCUUCCCCGACCGGGCAACGCUGUACGUGACUGCCAUUGAGGAUCGGCAGUACAAGGACUACAAGAUUCACUGGUGGGAGAACGUCUAUGGCUUUGACAUGUCCUGCAUCAAGGACGUGGCCAUAAAGGAGCCUCUGGUUGACGUGGUUGACCCCAAGCAGCUGGUGACCAACGCCUGCCUCAUCAAGGAGGUGGACAUCUACACGGUGCGCGUGGAUGACCUGACCUUCACCUCCCCCUUCUGCCUACAAGUGAAGAGGAACGACUACGUCCACGCUCUGGUCGCCUACUUCAACAUCGAGUUCACCCGUUGCCACAAGCGCACCGGCUUCUCCACCAGCCCCGAGUCCCCUUACACACACUGGAAGCAAACUGUCUUCUACAUGGAGGACUACCUCACGGUGAAGACGGGCGAGGAGAUCUUCGGCACCAUCGGCAUGCGGCCCAACGCCAAGAACAACCGAGACCUCGACUUCACCAUCGACCUGGACUUCAAAGGCCAGUUGUGUGAGCUCUCCUGCUCCACCGACUACCGGAUGCGCUGAGCCGGCCCGCGGGCUGUUCCCGGGGGCCCCGCCCCAGCCGGCCCCACCACUCCCUGGGCUAGGCCUCCCGCCUGGGCCAGCCCACCCCACCCCAGGGAGCCGGCGGGGGCCAGCUUGAUGGUUUGAGGGCCCCCUAGCCCCCUCCCCUGUCCUCUGUCCUCCACCCCCAAGCCCUGCUCCCUCCCGUGGGUGAGUGAGGGGCCCAAGGGCGACAUCGUGACUGUGUUUUUCAUAACUUAUGUUUUUAUAUGGUUGCAUUCAUGAUAAUAAAUCGUCAGCUGGGA